AUGGGCGGACAUGGCCACCCGUACUCGCCGGCGGAGCUGGAGCUGCCAGGGUUCGUGCCACAGCGGCUGUCGCAGGGCCAGAUCCUCGCGCCUUUCGUGGGCACCGCCGUCUUGGCCGUCCUCGGCGCCUGGCUCAUCUCCGGAAGAUGCGGCGGCGGUAGAAUAUCCAAGACCGACCGCCUGCUCAUGGGUUGGUGGGUGUUCACCGCGCUGACUCACAUCGUCUUCGAGUCACCCUUCCUCUUCACCCCUGAUUUCCUCAGCAAGAAAAACCCAAAUUACUUCGACGAGAUGUUUAAAGAGUACAGCAAAGGUGACUCCAGAUACGCCUCUCGGAACACCGCAGUCCUCGCACUUGAAGUGAUAACGAUCGGGUUGAAAGGCCCUGCAUCACUUCUUGCAGUCCACAUCCUCCAGUUCGCCGUCUCUUUGGGCCAGCUAUACGGAUGCUUGCUUUACUUCAUCACCGCGUACUUGGAUGGCUUCAACUUCUGGGUCAGUCCGUUCUACUUCUGGGCUUAUUUCAUCGGUUCGAACAGUUCAUGGGUGAUCAUACCAACUCUCAUUGCAACAAGGAGCUGGAAGAAGAUUUCGGCAGCAUUUCAAGCUGAGAAGGUCAAGACCAGAUAA